GCAGAGCCUGCACUGCUCCUUCCCGGUUAGUGACGGGGUUAGGGGCUGUGGCGCUCGCAUCAUGAGCGAGGCGGACGGGCUGCGGCAGCGCCGGCCGCUGCGGCCGCAGGUCGUCACGGACGAUGGCCAGGCCCCCGAGGCCAAGGACGGCAGCUCCUUUAGUGGCCGUGUGUUCCGAGUGACCUUCUUGAUGCUGGCUGUCUCCCUCACCGUUCCCCUGCUUGGAGCCAUGCUGCUGCUGGAUUCUCCCAUAGACCCACAGCCUCUCAGCUUCAAAGAACCCCCUCUCUUGCUUGGCGUUCUGCAACCAAAUACGAAGUUACAACAGGCGGAAAGGUUGUUUGAAAAUCAACUUAAUGGGCCAGAGUCCAUAGCAAAUAUUGGGGAUGUGAUGUUUACUGGUACGGCAGAUGGCCGGAUCGUAAAACUUGAAAAUGGUGAAAUAGAGACCAUCGCCCAGUUUGGUUCAGGCCCAUGCAAAACUCGAGAUGAUGAGCCUGCUUGUGGGAGGCCCCUGGGCAUCCGGGUGGGGCCCAAUGGAACCCUUUUUGUGGCUGAUGCGUAUAAGGGACUAUUUGAAGUAAAUCCCUGGAAACGUGAAGUGAAACUGCUGAUCUCCUCUGAGACACCCAUUGAGGGGAGGAAAAUGUCCUUUGUGAAUGAUCUUACAAUAACUCAGGAUGGGAGGAAGAUUUAUUUUACGGAUUCUAGCAGCAAAUGGCAGAGACGAGAUUAUCUGCUUCUGGUUAUGGAGGGAACGGAUGAUGGGCGCCUACUAGAGUAUGACACGGAGACCAAGGAAGUGAAGGUUUUACUGGACCAGUUGCGGUUCCCUAACGGAGUGCAGCUUUCUCCCGCGGAGGACUUUGUCCUGGUGGCCGAGACAACAAUGGCGAGGAUAAGAAGAUUCUACCUGUCGGGCCUGAUGAAGGGAGGGGCUGAUCUGUUCGUGGAGAACCUGCCUGGAUUUCCAGACAACAUCCGACCCAGCAGCUCUGGAGGGUACUGGGUCGGCAUGGCAACCAUUCGCUCCAACCCUGGGUUUUCUAUGUUGGAUUUCUUAUCUGAGAGACCCUAUAUUAAAAGAAUGAUUUUUAAGCUGUUUAGUCAGGAGACUGUGAUGAAGUUUGUACCACGGUACAGCCUCGUUCUAGAACUCAGCGACAGCGGAGCCUUCCGGAGAAGCUUGCACGAUCCUGAUGGGCAGGUGGCCUCCUACAUCAGCGAAGUGCAUGAGCACGACGGGCACCUGUACCUGGGCUCCUUCAGGGCCCCCUUCCUCUGCAGACUCAGCCUCCAGUCUGUUCAGCAGCCUUGACCGUGGCUGUGCCAGGAGUCCUCACACUGGGCACCACCGCUGGUCCAGGAGAUUCCGUGCACACAGCCCUUUUCACCUGCACCUGCCGGUCCUUGGACAUGGACAUUGGAAGUGGACAGUGAGACCCUUGGAUGUCUGGGGCCCUGUGGGAUACCCCUCACCUGGGUUUGACAUCUAGAGGGAAGCAUAACAUGCCACAGGGAAGAUAAGUCCAUGUUAUACCAUUUCCUCUUAAAAAACCUUUCUAAGUACAGUGAUUCUAUUCUCUAGGACUUAGGAGUCUUCAUACACUUAUAGUAGGCCUCAGGGUUUGGUGGAUAGAGCAGUAGAUGAGAUGUCCAGGGAUCUUGUUUUUGCUACUGGCUGUCCUGCCAGCCUCAGUAUCUUUACUAUAAAAUGUGGUAAUACCGGUCUCUGGGGGUGGGGCACAGGAAGGGCAAGGGGAGCUCAGUGCAAAAGUAUGUUGAGGCCAGUGAGUGGAGCUGUGUAAAUGGUAGAGCUGUAUUCUCCAGAGCUGUGUGGGCCGUGGGCCCUGGAUCCUGUGUGGUCCCUUCCAUAGCUCACACCCCCCAGCCUACGCCAGUUCAGCCCCACUCUGAACCAGAGGGUUUUCAAGACUCCUGAGUCCUCAUCAACCAUUUAAAGGCAAGGACCUGAGAAAGUGCACAGAAGCAUGUUGAUCCCAGCAGCUCAGAGAGGACCUGCGGGGCUUCUCUCUGUGAACAGACCGCAUUGAUGGAAUGAUCCAGCAGCUGGGUACUACAGGGCAGAAUCUAGGGGAGUCCUGUUGACACCCCUUUGUUCCUUAACCUCUAGACCAGCAGAUGAAUAGUGCACAUGUUAAUAUCAUCUGCUAGGGUGUCACAAGCCCGAAAUUGCUGUAUAUCCCGACAAGUGUGUACACACUGGUCCUAAUUUUGUCAGGGGGACCCAUGUAGUAAUGAUAAUUAAAUUGACUUUCUGCUCAUUAACCUUUUCUGAUGGUGUUGCCUGGGAUUUCUUCUCUGAUAGAAUUAGGUUAACGGUGACUGGAGUUUGAUUCCAUCGCGGGUUGAGAGGAGGAUCCUUUUGGCCAGGACCUUGUUUAGGGACCGGCAGUCCAUCUCGCUCGCUCCGCACCCCUCCCAGGGCGGCCGCCUCCGGCUACCACCUCCCGGCAGUGCUUCAUCCUUGGGCAAGUCGCUCUUACACUGUGUUCCUGUCCCCAGCCUGCAGAAUGGGGUUGAUACCUGUUCCUCUCCGUCCUGGCUGUUUGUGAGAGUACAGAAGACCUUGCGUCUCUGGAAUCGUUUUCAGUAACUUGACAAAGAAAUAUUUUAAAUAGGCAACGACAGCUGUGGUAAAACAUGAGCUGUUUGUGUUGUGUCGCACUGGUUGGCGACAAGCCCUUUGCUCCCUUUCCCAACUGUGGCCCCCUCCCCUGCGCUGGCCUGGCCUCGUUUUAGGGGAAAGAGUCAGGAUCUGGAGGUUGGCUCAUCUGUUGUGUUGCGUGCUCAGGGAUGCCUUCAUGUGCAGCAGUAGGACAGAGUCAGAGACUGGCUUCAGUCCAGUUGGUGUGACCCAGAAUGUAUUAGGUGAAUGACUCAAUGUUACUUAUGUUACUUUAGGGAAAGAAAGUUGAGUAUAGAUUAUUAAAUACUUUUUUUUUUUUAAAGAUUUUAUUUAUUUGACAGAGACACAGUGAGAGAGGGGAACACAAGCAG